CUGGGGCCGGGCUGUAGAGGGCCGCGCACGGGGAAGCUGGGUUGGAGCGGCCGGGGCCCGGGAGGCUGUCCCAGUGCGGCUGGGCCCGAGGCGGUGGGGUCAGGCGGCGCUGAGCAGGAGCGGUCCCGACCCAUUACGCGCUGAGGCCUGUGGGCACGAGAAAGCUGCGCCGGGCCCGAGGUCUGUCACAUCCAAGCCUGUAACACCGGAGGUGUUCCGGCGCGGGGAGGUCUGGUCCGGUCCCGCUCCACUCCCCUGGCGCCUGAGGUAUCGCGGCUCAGCGUCGGGGACUCAGGCGCUGCGAGGUCUGGCCCCAUCCCACCGGGGGCACAGGGCAGGAGGCCUGACGCAUGUGCUGAGCUCUCACUAUGAACGCUAUUGUUGCCCUCUGCCAUUUCUGUGAGCUCCACGGUCCUCGCACCCUCUUUUGUACUGAGGUUCUCCAUUCCCCGCUUCCCCAAGGCGCGAGCAGCGGGGACAUCUCUGGGCAGAAUGAGCAGGUGGAGGAGGAAGAAGGCGGCAUCCAGAUGAGCAGCCGGAUCCGCUCGCACAGCCCAGCAGAAGGUGCCAGCGCCGACUCCAGCAGCCCAGGGCCAAAGAAGUCAGACAUGUGUGAGGGUUGCCGCUCUCUUGCAGGAGGACAUCCUGGAUACGUCAGCCACGACAAAGAAACCUCCAUCAAGUACGUCAGCCACCAGCACCCCAACCACCCCCAGCUGUUCAGCAUCGUGCGCCAGGCCUGUGUGCGCAGUCUGAGCUGCGAGGUCUGCCCAGGACGUGAGGGCCCGAUUUUUUUUGGAGAUGAACAGCAUGGUUUUGUGUUCAGCCACACCUUCUUUAUCAAAGACAGCCUGGCUCGAGGUUUCCAGCGCUGGUACAGCAUCAUCACUAUCAUGAUGGACCGGAUUUACCUCAUCAACUCCUGGCCUUUCUUGUUGGGAAAAAUCAGAGGCAUCAUUGAUGAGCUCCAGGGCAAAGCACUUAAGGUGUUUGAGGCAGAGCAGUACGGGUGUCCUCAGCGUGCCCAGCGCAUGAACACGGCCUUCACCCCCUUCCUGCACCAGCGCAACGGCAACGCAGCCCGCUCCUUGACCUCACUGACCAACGAUGAAAACCUCUGGGCAUGUCUGCAUACCUCCUUUGCUUGGCUUUUGAAAGCUUGUGGCAGCCGACUUACAGAGAAGCUUCUGGAGGGAGCACCAACAGAAGACACCCUUGUUCAGAUGGAAAAACUAGCAGAUCUGAAAGAAGAGUCGGAAGGCUGGGACGGUUCUGAGGAAGAAGAGAAGCCUUCUUCCCAGCCAGAUGUUGUGGAAGGGCAGGAGCUGUCAAAAUGCUCCCCAGAAACUUCUCUGAUGCCAGACUGCAACAGCUGGAAUGUAGCUCACAGAAGGUUGUCUGUCUUUCGCUCUCUCAGGCACAUGAGACAGGUUCUUGGGGCGUCAGCGUUCCGCAUGCUGGCUUGGCACGUCCUCAUGGGGAACCAGGUUAUCUGGAAAGCUCGAGACGUGGAUCUUGUCCAGUCUGCUUUUGAUGUGCUACGGACCAUGCUGCCUGUUGGCUGUGUGCGGAUCAUCCCCUACAGUGACCAGUAUGAAGAGGCGUAUCGGUGUAACUUCCUAGGGCUUAGCCCACACGUCCAGAUCCCGUCCCACAUACUGUCAUCUGAGUUUGCAGUCCUCGUGGAAGUCCGCGCUGCCACCCGCUCCAGCCCCCACCCAACUCUGUUUGACGACGAGCAGUCCCUCAACAAGUACGAGUUUGUUGUCACCAGCGGCAGCCCCGUUGCAGCAGAUCGAGUUGGCCCUACAAUCUUGAACAAGAUCGAAGCUGCCUUGACCAACCAGAACCUUUCUGUAGAUGUUGUGGAUCAGUGCCUUGUUUGCCUGAAGGAGGAGUGGAUGAAUAAAGUGAAAGUCCUCUUCAAAUUCACUAAAGUGGACAGCAGACCCAAGGAGGACACCCAAAAACUGCUGAGCAUUCUGGGAGCCGCUGAGGAAGACAACGUCAAGCUUCUCAAGUUCUGGAUGACUGGCCUGAGCAAAACAUACAAGUCCCACCUGAUGUCAACAGUUCGCAGCCCGACGUCCUCGGAGUCCCGGAACUGAAGGGUGCCCGACCAAGCUCCCGUGCUGCCGUCAGAGCGUGGCAGGGAGCCCUGAGCUGCCGCUGCCGAGCCCACAGCGCGUGCGUCAGACGCUUGGUGAUGCUCCUCACUGUUCUCCUGCUCCUCAAAACUAACUUGAAGAGUGACUUGAGUCUUUUUUUCUAAUAGCUGUGAGACUGGAUUAAUAAGUGCUAAUAAAUUGUGCUGCUGUCUGUGCUGAAACUCAGCUCUAAAUCUAGACCUCCACACUCAAGACUAAAACGCAGCAACACUCAGAAUCGGUGUGAACUAAUUAAAAGCUGGUCCUGUCAUCCUUAACAUUAUGGUGUGGCAGUAGACCUGUUUUUAAAUUUCCUUGGCAAGACUCAGAUACCUGUGACAACAUCUGGAACUGCAGGGUGUGGAUAUAGUUGAUCUCUCCAAAUCUCACAUAAAAUCUCCUGAAUGCCUGAGAGAACAAGAACCAAAAACAAGCGACGUGACACAGGGUAUGGAUCUCGUGUAAAUUAUUUCAAACCACUUUCUGCUCGGAUUUAAGAGACUAUUUUCUGCUGUAGCAUAAGUCAGGAUAUCCUAUCGGAGUCCUGUCGCUCCAUAUUAUUUAUUUAUAUCUUAACUUGAGACAGUUUCAGCAUUUGCUUUGGGAAUCGUGUCUGGGAGGCAGAAUUGUAACGCAAGAAGUCUCGAAAUGCUGCCCGCUCGCCUCUCAAGAGGGUCAAAUACUCGCCUUGUUUUGCCUGUGGUUGCAAAACUUGCAGGCAGUGAAGAUAACCUCAUCAGGAUAAGGUUGCUGGUGUUCUAGAAAUAGUGUUCUAGCUUUCGAAUGAAGUUCAGCAGAACAGACCUGUAGGUGCUCCCUUCUUAUAUAACUCCACGGUAGCCAUUUUUGCUUAAUAGUUCAUGGAAACAUUGGUGCAUUUUUUAAUUACCUGAACAGAUAUUCCUUAUCUGUAUCGUACAGGAUUCCUGUUUCUGUUGUGAAGACUUCUUCUUUUUUGACCGUUUGUCUAUUUCCCUGGAUCAUUGUUGGGAAAACUUGACGUUACCGUAGACGUUUUUAACAAGCUAGAGGCAGGUUUUACCAGGUGACCUUCUACACUCAUUCUAUCAGGACUCAAGCUCAGAGAGGAUGUUCCAACUUGUCACAACUUCUGCUCUUACAUACGAAACUAUAUGCAGGUUGAUUUUUGUCUGGAACAUCUGUAAAAUGGCGACAGGCAUUAAAUCUCAUUAAGAGCUAUUUUUGUAAAAUGGACAAA